AAAAAUAAAUACAACAACAACAACAAAAUGGCGUCUGACAUGUUGACACCGGUUGCUGUCGCAAACAAGGAGGUAGAUGCCUUGUACGAGUAUAGAGAUCAUUAUUUUGAGAAGUUUGGUGUUGAUAGAGCAGUGUUCAAAAAUGAUGAUGUGAAGAAAAUAAUGGAAAAAACACUUAAGGUUGUGGAAUCUCACAGAGACAGUUUUACAAACAAAGCAGAGUACUUUAUGUUACUGGGACGUACACUAAAUGUUACCCCAGACUAUGAUGGUAAAGCAUAUGAAUACCUAUCAAAGGCUGUUAAGCUGGAUCCUAAACUUGUCGAAGCAUGGAACCAUCUUGGCGAACUUUACUUGAAAAAAGGAGAUGUCAAUAAUGCCAAAAAUUGUUUUUCGGGAGCACUUACACAUUCAAAAAACAAGAUAUCAUUGAGAAAUUUGUCUAUGGUAUUACGACAGUUGAAUGUUAGUGCAGAGGAAAGGGUGGCUAACGUUGAAGACAGUGUUGAGAAGGCUAAACAGGCUGUACAAAUGGACAUUAAAGAUGGUCAAUCAUGGUUAAUUCUCGGAAAUGCCUACCUGUCUUUAUUUUUUUCAACUGGGCAAAAUGCAAAGAUUUUACAGCAAGCUAUGAGUGCCUACAAACAAGCUGAAAAUGAUCCAGUAGCCAGAAAUAAUGCUGAUCUACAUUACAAUAGAGCUUCUGCUUUCAAGUUUGAAGAGGAUUUUCAGAAGGCCCUGGAAGGGUUUUCACAUGCAUCAUUGUUAGAUCCCAGCUGGAAUGCACCAGAAGCUCAGGAAAAACAACUCUGCUCUUAUCUGACCAGUGUAUCACAGAUGAUAGAAGCUAAGGGUAAAGUGAAAGGAAAGAGGUUACAGACAUUGUCCCAAUCUCCUAGAGAUAGUGCACUAGGACCAUAUGCCGGUGGUGGCUAUACCAGCAAUAGUGGCAAGUCUGUUAAACUGAUGAGAUGUUCAUUUAAAGACCUUGAUGUUGGUGUUAACCCAGAAAGAGUUGUCCUAGGCAAAGUUGCUUGUACAGUACCUACUGCAGACCUUGUACCUUUUACAUUUUGUAUGUUAGAUGAAGACGAAACAGUCAUGCCUGUUAAUGUGUACAACCUUGCUCAGGGAUCUGGGGUCAACAUCGGAGACUCUGUUGCUAUCCCAGAGCCUUACAUACAACAUGUCAAUGUUAAACACAAAGAUAUGGUAUUUGACUACAGAAGUAUUAGGGUGAGCACACCUUUAAUUUUGGUGGUAAAUGGGAGAAAACUUGGUCGUGAUAAACAAGUCGGCACUGUGCUGGUGGUGAAUGCUGUCACAGACUGAGAUACUUACUGGGAUGUUAGAUCCAGGGGAGACAACUGUGAUAUGUGUUGGGAUGGCAAAAAGAAAUUGUGGUGCUUUUGGUGAAACAACAAACAGUAUUGUUGAUAAGGUGGUAGCUAAAUACCAAGCUCAGAAUAUUUAUGAUCUCAAAAAAGUGACUUUCUAUGUUACUAAAAAGUUGUCAUUUAAGUUGUAACAAUUGCAUAUAUUUUUUUUAUCAUACUAAACAUGACGUUUAAUUUUAUAAUUUAGAAAAUGUACAUUGUACAUGUAUUUAAGGUUUGGAAAAUGUUAAAAGUUCUUAGAUGUAUAAAAUGUUCUUUUCUAUGCAAUACGAGUGUUGAAAUUAUACAAAUAUAGAUUUGCAGAGAUAAAAGUUAUAGUUAAAUGUGGAAGGAAUUGGUUUUUGGAAGACAAUACCAAAACUUGAGGGUAUAAAUAGUUCAAAGCAGGGAGAUAGAUUAUAUCUGUGCAAUGAAAGCUGCAAGUGUUUGGGAUAUAGGGGCGUUGUAUAUACCUAAAUUUUUACAUUUAGAUGAUCAUUGAUAUGUACAUACUCAAGUUAACCAUUUCCCUGUUUAUUUAGUGUAAUAGACUUGAAUUAUGAAUAUACAUUACCAUUGUUAUUUUAAUUGAUCUUGAUUUUUAAAUGGCAGAAUAGCCAUUGUCAGUAAACAGUAUUGUCUGGACUGCAAGUUGUGUUAUUGGUUUUAUUGGCAAGAAAGGGUUGCUGAUAGAGCCCAGAGAGUUAAAGUACUGUAGUGUUAUCAGAUAUAGAAGAAAUCCAUUUUACCUGAAGAUACUGACUAGACUAUUAAAGGGACUCCACUGAGGUUUAAAAGCCUAAAAACAUUACAUUUGAAUUUCUUACAUAAAUGAACUGGGGCACUUUAGACAGAAAUAUAUGCAAAGAUAGUUUAGAAAUAUACUUUGAAAUAAUGGAAAAUCGUAUUUAUAUGCUUUUCUUAGUCCGAUUUGAGUGAAAAGCGUUUAAACGCUUUUCAUUUUGGGUCAUUUAUUUACAAUGUGAAUAAUUAUUCUGGAAAAACGAAGUGCGGGAAUGAUCUGAAAUUUUGCACAAAGAUUAGAGGUCUAAACCUACAUCAAAUGGUACAUUUAUAUGGAAAAAAAAUUUCAGUCCCAUCAUAUCAAAAAACCUCAGUGGAGACCCUUUAAGACACUUGAGAAUUAACAUGACAUGUGAAAUACCCAGUAAGUAUUUGUUGGUACAUUGUAGUUUCAUUAGAUCAGUUGUUUUUUUUGUGGGGGUGGGGGAUUUCUUUGCUAUAAAAUUUGAAUUAAAAAAAUAAAAAUGUUAGCCAUGAAUUGAAGUUUUUUUUUUAAAAGUUACAAAAUAGGUGUCAUAUUAUAAAUCCUUUUUUCUCUCUUUUUUGUGUGUAAAAUUGUCGUACAUUUAUACAUGAUUAAUAUUUUCAAGAAUGAUCUUUUGAUAAGCUGUGAUAUUUUUAUUGAAAAAAGAAAAUAAAAUAAAAAGAUGAAAGUA